GCGUCUCAGUACAACUUCAUCUUUCCAAACAAUCAACAAACAUAGACAGUCCAUUAGGUACAGCGGAUGGUAGACCACCCUGUCCGUCGUUCUCAUCUGCAAUGACACCAUGUCUACGACAAGGCCACCUCUCCGUGACUUGCAAAAUACAAAGACUCCAACGAGACAAGAACCAUCAACACCGCAUGCCAUCCGCGCGCUUCAGCAACGAAGCGGCGCGAACACUCGAACAAUCCGCAAAAGAAGGGCUUACAGCGAUACAGUACGGCGCGACUCGGCUCGAGACAUAUUGAGACAGCUUGCAAAGAUCACUGCGCCUCUGACUAGAAAGACUAUACGGACUCCAGCCACUGCCCGAGGCAAAGAGAAUCAAGACCCGCUGAGGAACGGCACCCUCAAUGACGAAGCCGAAGGAAGGGCAUAUAAGAGACCCCGACUCGUUAUCGAAGGGGACGAUAGCUUCGAAGAUGUAUCUCCACCUUACUAUGAGGAGCAAGAAGACGACGAUAGCGAACUGCCCGUCGCUCCCACACCUUCCCAACUCGAUGACCCCACGAUCACUUUCAGAUCGAUUGAUUUUGCCGCCACUGCACGCUCCGACUCGCACAGAACGAAUCAGCGACAGUCUUUUCUCGCACAUGACCAUGAAAGCGUGGACGAGCAGGAUGACGAGCCUACUAUUCUCACUGAACUUGGUCGUAGAGCAAUCAGCGAAGAGCCAACAGGCCGCUUGUCGCGCUACAGCUUCGGAAGCAUACGAAUGAGCGACUUUGGAUCAGAACUUGAGGUCAGAAGAGAAUCUGAUUUUCUUCAGAGGCAGACACAGAAAAUAUCGCCUGGAGAUAGGGUACCCCAAUAUGACUAUGAGCCUCUUGACUUUGGUGGGGAAACGGAACACUUGGAAGCUUUGAGGAAAUCACUUUCACCAAUCCCAGCUGAUGAGAGCGUGCUUAGCAUGUCGCCCGUUGAUGUCAGCUUCCAGCUGGAAUUUGCCGAACAGGGUGCGGCGUUCAGUCAUGCUCUUGCCGGUCGACCGGAGAUUGUCCAGCAUUCAGCUCCUGUCGAGGUUUCGGAGCUGGCGCACGACGAAUCGUUGGUGAACAUGACAGCCGCUCUUGAAACUUCUCCCGAGCGCGACCCGACGCUUGAGCUCGGCCAAGCAGGCACAACAUCCCAGCGCCGUCCUAAGAAGCUGAAGAUGACUAGGCACGGAACAAGAGUGCCGUCACUGCCUAGGAGCCUUAUAAAGAGAGUGGCGAUUGACGCCCAGGCUAGACUUGGGAACCGCAAACCCAGACUAGGACAAGAGCACAUGCAAGCCCUCGAACAAGCUACCGAGUGGUUCUUCGAACAGAUCGGCGAAGAUUUGGAAGUGUAUUCGAAUCACGCCCGUCGCAAAAAGCGCAUCGAUCGUAGCGACGUACAUAUGUUGAUGCGACGCCAAAGAGUGCUUCAAAAUGACGGGGAACUCCAGAAGGCUGCUCGGGAGCUGCUCCCAGAUGAGGUUUUGGCGGAUUUUGACGAAGAUGAGGUAUAGCCUAUUGCCAUCACCAAUUUGUCACAUGGCGGACUCUCCUUGCACGAUCCACCGGUGCUUUUUUGAGGAGCAUCCACAUCAUGAGCGCCGUGGCAGCGGAUAACGAGU